ACUCCACAAAAUUCACUUUAUAAAUGUAUCAAGGUUUCAGAAUGUUGCAAUAUACCGAAAAAUUAUUGUUACCAUCAGGGAGCUUCCGAUAUAAAUAUAGAACAGGAAAAGGGACGAGAUGCCGAAUAGCACUUCAUACACCGCGGCGGCGACUAUGGAUCUGACACGUACACAACAAGCAUCGGCAAAAGUUUCGUGUCACUCCGAGACUUGGUUAUGCUAUGAAAAUGUUGGCUCGAAAAACAAUUAAAAGACUUUGAACGUUACAUCCACCUGAGGUAGCGUGGCACUAGAAAGCCGCUAGGCUUCUUGGGUGCUGGUCAUCUAAAAAUAGAACAUGAGGAGGAAAGAAAGGCAAAAAUUCUUGCAUGCAUUGUGGCGGUCACUAUUCAGCGGACGCGUAGACAAUAUUAGAGCGGAAGACGUAAGGGACGUAUCUGUUUGACUAUGUUCAAUGAAGGUUAGGACACAGCACAUCCUCAGGUAUGUCUGUUCCGCCGCCGCGGUGUACCUGGCGGCCACGCAGGUGUGCAGCAGCUUCCUUAAGGCCAGUGAAGCCGAGCGCCAGCCGGGGCGGGGCAGCACGGGGCCCGACACUCCGUCCUGCCGCGCCCUCUUCACCAUCACAGACGUCGCCCGCCGCCAGGCAGCCAACGUCAGCCUCUUCAUACACGACCUUCAAGGGUAUUCGCCUCCUCACAAGCUCAGUGGAGACUGGAGGGCGCGGGAACCACCAGGUGCCGGCUUCGGCAGCUCCGCCGUGGCCGCUGGGGCGGUGCAACAGAUGCUCCUGAAGGGAAAUUCGCCGUCAGGAACGUCAACGGCAGACUACUCCCCGCUGGCCGGCCUCCUUCCCUCCGUGCUGGCCCGCGAGGCAGGGGGUGAGGGCAGCGCCCCGACGGUCACCACCACCACCACCACCAGGAUCGGCGCCGCCGGUGGGCUGCUGCCCUACGUGCCGUGUCAAAUAGCGACCUAUGCUGACCCCGCCUCCGCCACCGCCUGCUUCAGGGAGAGGCUGAGAAUGAAUGACUCCUUAUGGAUCUUCUUCAUGGGAGACUCCAAGAUUAGAUAUCUCUUUUAUGAGUUUCUCGCCAGAACAGACUAUGAGCUCCACUACUUGGUCAAACUUACCAACGGCAGCAGCUUCACCUUGCAGCAGAGCAAAGUCACGAGUCUCCAUAUCGAUAGAGAAGCUUCCAGCGUGGAGCUGCCUGGACUGCGUGUAUCUUUCCAGUUCCGGACGUUCGAAAAUCAAUCCGUGGCAGAUUUGAGGAGCAGCGCGGAGGUACAGCAGCUGGCGCGGUGGGCGGCUGGGCUGGAGGCGCCGCCACACCUGCUGGUGCUGGGCUACUCGUCGUGGAUGCUUCGGAGGAUGACUUUCGAGAACGGUCCGCUCCUGCAUGAUGCACUCGACUUCCUUAAGGACAUGCAUAAGGUGGUGGUGCCUCUUCUGCAGCAGGUUGGUCAGCGAACUCGAGUGGUCGUAACGUCCCAGAGCAGGUACAAGAAUCACGCAGCUGUUGGAAAGAGAGCGAUGAGAGAAGGCUUUCUUGCGGACUCAAACUUUGACUGGAGCGAGGCAGCGUUCAUGAACUAUCUGCGGCGACUUCAUCGACAGCUUGCACAACCUUCACCGCCUCAUGCAUCCUCUGCGAGGAUCACGAAGGAGCGAGGGAGACGCCGCGGCGCAGGGCCCCGAGACCACCUGGUGCCCGGGCCGGAAGACGGCGGAGUGUGGUGGUGGGACACGAUUCUGCCGCUGAGCCUGGCGGAGAACAGCGAGUGUGAGGAGCUGUUCCUCAGUGGCCUGGCACAUCACUCUUUGUACACCAGCGCUUUCCUCAGGUGUUACGACGACAACCACGUGGGCACCGUCACCCUGGGAGACCAGGUCACGAUGCUGCUCAACCUGGCGUGCAACUCCGUGCUGGGGGUACACGAGGGGAUGUGCUGUGGCUAACGUGAGGGAAUCAGCGGGGAGGCUUCGAGAUCUGUGCUGUGCCUGAUGCGAGGGACGCAGCAGGGAAGCCUCGAGGGGCUGUGUUGUGGCUAACGAGAGGGACACAGCAGGGAGGCCUGGAGGGGCUGUGUUGUGGGUAACGAGGACACAGCAGGGAGGCCUGGAGGGGCUGUGUUGUGGCUACCGAGAGGGACACAGCAGGGAGGCCUGGAUGGGCUGUGUUGUGGCUAACGCGAGGGACACAGCAGGGAGGCCUCGAGGGGCUGUGUUGUGGCUAACGCGAGGGACACAGCAGGGAGGCCUCGAGGGGCUGUGCUGUGGCUAACGCGAGGGACACAGCAGGGAGGCCUCGAGGGGCUGUGCUGUGGCUAACGCGAGGGACACAGCAGGGAGGCCUCGAGGGGUUGUGCUGUGGCUAACGCGAGGGACGCAGCAGGGAGGCCUCGAGGGGCUGUGCUGAGACUGAGAUAUAAAUAGUUAGAUAGAUAGAUAAAUGGAUGGACGGAGACAUAAAAAGAUAAACUGAUAAAAAGUUGGAUGUCUGGCUGCUGGACUAUUUGAUAAAGACAUAUGAAUACCUUGGAAAGCUGGCAGGUCAGUGGUCAGCGCAGGGAAGUUUGGAACGGUGAACCUGCGUCGACGUCAGACUACUCUCAACCAUCGCCAAAUGCCUGAAGAUCGCAGUUUGUCCAUGUUUUGUAUGUCUACCUUUUCUUUGUCUUUAAUUCCUUCUAGUUGAUCGACUGGGUCAAACAUGAGCCGAGCAGCAAGAAGAAUAUACAUAAUGAGGAACAAAUCGGCCUGUGCCGAAAAACAGGCGGACGCGCAGGUCCACACGACAGAACAACACACAGAGGGAAGCCACCAAACAACGAAAGGACGCGGUGAUUCCCAAACGGUUCCUUUUCUUGAA